AUGCCCCUCGGCCAUACUUUCCUCAACAGAGGGCACAAUGCAGCACGCUGCGCCAUUGUCAGCAGCUGUAACCAGCAAGGGGGGGAGAGAGCUUUCGAGGCGCGGUCCGAGAUUCUAACACCGGCCAACGGCCCGCUCAUAGGUGGCCUGACGGUUGCAGGCUGCAGGGUCGACAUUUGA